CAUUGACACCAAGUGACAGAGACUGGCACCCUCCCUGAUAAUACAACUAAUCACAGGCCGCCUAGCCUGCAGUUCACACAGACAGCCCGCCGAAAGAGUAACCAGCACCCAUGACGAUGCUCCCCUGCCAGCGGUGGUAAUUGUCUACACACCUCUCUGCCAGGGGCUGGACAUUGCAACAACACGGAUUCGGUACUCCAGGGAUUCGGGCUCCCCAGCUGCGGGGAGGGGCUUUAGUGUCACUCACAAGCAGUAGGCGGUCCUUGUCGUUCCGUAGGUAAGAGAGCAGCAACAGCUGGAUGACUCACAACGGCAACAUAUCAGCAUCGUCUGGCAGUCUAAGCUGCAGGGGUAUUUGUGUGGCUCUGACAGCACAUUCUUAUUAUUUACCAGGGUUAUCUCGUUGGAUCCUAGCUCAAACCAUUUCAACAGAAGAUCAGAAGAGACUGUUAUCAAGUUAUUUCACUCUAGCAGCAAAUAUAUAUAUAAUGUACCCUGCGCUGGCAGUACGUCGGGAAUAAACUACUGGUGGAAAAGCAGCUAUAUAUUGGAGACCUGUAUGGUACGAGUCCGCACAAGUUUCUGUUCACUUGUUCUGUAGAUCUGUAAUGUCGUUUGGGUUUUCAAGUUUUCUCCCAGCUCCAGCAGCAAACAAAGUAAUUAUUGAAAGGCCACAGAGAAGAUCAGAGUACAGCAAGUUCUUAGUUUAAUUCAGUGGUGCUCAGCCAUAGGUGAUUCCAUAUUUCUGUGAAUACUGCUUCUGUCACAGGUGCAAUGGUCACAUGAAUAUCGGUGGUACACAUGAUAAAUCUAUUAUUCCUUUUUCGAUGAAAAACCGAGAGCAAAUUAUCAGAAAAAAGUAUCUUGUACAAAAUGAACACUGUUGUUAAAUUUCGCAGGAGUCUACGAAUGUUGGUAAUUCUGCUAGCUAGCUUCUGUAUGGUCACCUUUCUUAUAUCAGCAUAUUAUCUCUAUAGUGGCUACAGGCAAGUAAUCAUUGCAGAUGUAGUUCCAGAAGUGGAAUGUGGAGACCUUAAAAGUUUACCAAAGAGGUUGCUAGAAGUGAGAGCUGCUAAGGUCAUUGAUACAUCUCGGACUGAAGCUGUAGUCCUGGUGUUUGUUGAAAGUCAGUAUUCUCAGCUUGGACAAGACAUCAUAGCCGUAUUAGAGGGUAGUAGAUUUCACUAUGACACAGUAAUUGCACAUGGGAAAGGUGAUGUUCCAGCUCUUACAGACAAGGGCAAGGGAAGAUAUGUACUUGUUAUUUAUGAAAAUAUUUUAAAGUAUGCUAAUAUGGAUUCAUGGAACCGAAGUUUGUUAGAAAAGUAUUGUGUGGAAUAUAGUGUCAGUAUGAUUGGAUUUCAUAAUGCUAAUGAAAAUAGCCCACAAAGUUUUAAGUUAAAAGGGUUUCCUCUUCAGAUUUAUACUAACAUAGGGCUUAAAGACUACUGCAUAAAUCCUCAUUCUCCAUUGCUUCAUAUUACAAAGCCUUCGCAAAUUGAUAGGGGAUCAUUACCUGGAGAUGACUGGACAAUUUUCCAGUCUAACCACUCAACCUAUCAAGCUGUGCUGCUAGCUAAACUGAAGGCAUCAACAGACAUACCUGUCACUCUUUCUUCACAUACCAUGCAUGCUACCGUAAUCCAGGAUUUGGGACUUCAUGAUGGUAUUCAGCGUGUUAUCUUUGGGAACAAUUUACAUUUUUGGUUACACAGACUUAUCUUUGUAGAUGCCAUUUCUUUUCUCACAGGAAAAAAACUCUCCUUGUCUCUGGAAAGAUAUAUUCUUGUGGAUAUAGAUGACAUAUUUGUGGGAAAAGAAGGCACAAGAAUGAAUAUUAAGGAUGUGAAGGCUUUACUUGAGACACAGGCAAUGCUGAGAAAUAAAGUCUCAAAUUUUACGUUUAAUCUUGGAUUUUCUGGGAAGUUCUACCAUACAGGAGCAGAAGAGGAAAAUGAAGGGGAUGACCUGCUGCUGAAGUACAUUGAUGACUUCUGGUGGUUCCCUCACAUGUGGAGUCAUAUGCAGCCACAUCUUUUCCAGAACGGAUCUGCUCUAGCUGAGCAAAUGGUUCUCAAUAAGGAGUUUGCACUCGAACACAGUAUCCCCACAAACAUGGGGUAUGCCGUGGCUCCACAUCACUCUGGUGUCUAUCCCGUCCAUGUACAGUUAUAUGAAGCCUGGAAAAAGGUGUGGGGAAUCCAGGUGACCAGCACAGAGGAGUAUCCACAUUUAAAGCCCGCACGAUUCAGGCGUGGAUUUAUCCACAACAACAUUAUGGUACUACCACGGCAGACAUGUGGUCUUUUCACUCACACAAUCUUCUACAAGGAAUACCCCGGUGGCCCACAAGAACUAGACAAGAGUAUCAGGGGAGGAGAGCUAUUUCUUACAGUCUUACUUAAUCCGAUCAGCAUCUUCAUGACUCAUUUGUCUAAUUAUGGAAAUGACCGUCUGGGACUGUAUACUUUCAUUAAUCUAGUCAACUUUGUGGAGAAAUGGACAAACCUGAAACUGCACACUCUGCCCCCUGUCCAGCUAGCUCACAAGUACUUUGAGCUGUUUCCUGAGCAGAAAGCUCCUCUAUGGCAGAAUCCAUGUGAUGACAAACGACACAGGGAUAUUUGGUCUCGAGAAAAGAGUUGUGAUCAUUUACCAAAAUUCUUGGUGAUUGGACCACAGAAAACUGGCACUGCGGCACUUUUUCUGUUCCUGAUUAUGCAUCCAUCCAUCAUCAGCAAUCGCCCCAGCCCAAAAACCUUUGAAGAAAUACAGUUCUUUAAUGGAAAUAACUACCAUAAAGGCAUAGACUGGUACAUGGAUUUCUUUCCCAGCCCUUUGAAUGCAUCUACUACUUUUAUGUUUGAAAAAAGUGCAAACUACUUCUCUUCAGAUGAAGCCCCAGAGCGCGUUGCUGCUCUGAUACCAAAGGCAAAGAUCAUCACUAUCCUAAUCGAUCCAUCAGACCGUGCUUACUCCUGGUAUCAGCACCAGUUAGCCCAUGAAGAGCCAGCUGCUUUGAAGUUCACCUUCUAUGAGGUCAUCACAGCUGGCCACGGUGCUCCAGCAGAACUGAAAGCCCUCAAGAAUCGAUGUUUGUCACCUGGAUGGUAUGCAACCCAUAUUGAGAGAUGGCUUACCUACAUUCCUGCCUCUCAGCUGCUAAUUAUAGAUGGCCAACAACUGAAGACAGAACCUGCUGUUGUAUUAGAUGAUGUCCAGAAAUUUCUAGGCAUUUCUCCUUACUACAAUUACUCCGAAGCACUAACAUUUGAUCCCCAAAAAGGUUUUUGGUGCCAACUGCUGGAGGGAGGAAAGACUAAAUGCCUGGGAAAAAGUAAAGGCAGGAAAUAUCCACCAAUGGAGCCUGAGUCCAGAGUGUACCUGUCCAAUUAUUACAGGGAUCACAACAUGGAACUUUCCAAACUUCUGCAUAGACUUGGUCAACCGCUGCCAUCUUGGUUGAGACAGGAGCUGCAGAAAGUGAGAUAACACAGGCUUGUCAGAUCAGACACUCUUAUGUCAGUUAACCAUUAUUAGCUGUUGCUGCCAAUAGGAGACUUGACUGAUGAAUCCUUGUGGAAGGACACUGUGACAUUUAAAUGUGAAUGCAAUGAAAGGACAUCAUUUGGCUAGUUAGCCAAAGCUGUGACAGCGCUUUUCAGAAACGCCUAGACUUUUUAUAAGCUGCUGCAAUACUGUAUCUUAAUAUUUAUCUGUCUUCUGUUUACAUCAGAAAUUGCAAAGAAUCAGGAAGAAAUGAAUGGAAUAAAAAACUAAUCCUACAAAUUA